AUGUUCGCUAGAAUCACCCAAUCGAAGUUAACUAUCCCUCUCGCCGUCACUGCCGCUGGUCUCGGUUUCUACGUCAUGUCUGCUCGCCAAUUGUCCAACGAAGCCCAAAAGGUGUUCAAAGGUGACGACCAAUGGGUCGACCUUAAGCUCACCAAGAAGACCAAAUUGACCCACGACACCUCGCACUACACUUUCGACUUUGGCAACAAGGACGCCGAGUCGGGGUUGAUCACCGCCUCGUGCGUGCUCACCAAGUACGUUACUGCUAAGGGUAACAACGUCAUCAGACCCUACACCCCCGUGUCGGACCCGUCGCAAAAGGGUACCGUCGACUUUAUCAUCAAGACCUACGAACAAGGGAAGAUGUCGAAGCACAUUGACGAGUUGAAGGAAGGCGACACCUUGUCGUUCAAGGGCCCCAUCGUCAAGUGGAAGUGGGAACCCAACCAAUUCGACUCGGUGGCGUUGAUCGGCGGUGGUACCGGUAUCACCCCGUUGUGGCAAUUGUUGCACACGAUCGCCUCCAACCCUGCCGACAAGACUAAGGUGCAAUUGUUCUACGGGUCCCAGUCGGUCGAUGACAUCAUCGCCCGCAAGGAGAUCGAUGAGAUCGCCGCCGCCCACCCCGACCAGGUGCAAGUGUUCUACUACAUUGACAACGGCAAGGACGACGCCUCCAAGCACAUCUUCAAGGGCUACAUCAACAAGGAAGCCUUGCAAAAGAACUUGCCCGGUCCUUCGCCCAAGCUGAAGGUGUUCGUCUGUGGCCCCCCCGGUUUGUACAAGGCGAUCUCCGGCGCCAAGGUGUCGCCCACCGACCAAGGCGAAGUCAGCGGUAUCUUGGGUGAGCUUGGCUACACCAAGGACAACGUGUUUAAGUUGUAA